GAACUUGUUAAUCUUUUCCAAGACAUGCAAAUGUUGGUUGAAGCACAGGAUGCGCCAAUUGCUGCUGUUGAAGAGCAUGCUACUCAAGUCAGUAAAGAUCUAGAAUCUGGCGUCGCACAAGUAGAAAAGGCUUUAGAAAGUGCGAAAGGAGCUAGAAAAGUAUGGCAAA